AGACGGGGACAGUCCGGCCUGGGCCGAGUUUCGGAAGGGAUUUUGUGUCUCUCUCCCGCCUGGAGCUGGCUCAGCCAUGAGCAGCGGCGUGGACGCGGGCUGCGAGCGGUGCGGGUGCCACGGCAAGGACCGGCACCCCGCCAUCCUGUACACCCUCCUGAGCCAGCAGCUGCGCCCCGGCGGCGCCCGGCAGCGCUGCCUGUGCCCGCUGCGCCGCACCGUGUGCCUGCGCACGCCGCACCUCACCUGCCGCGCCGCCUCCCACGUGCUGCUCAAAACCAUCAGCUUCGUCAGAAACGUGGCCGCCUUCCGCCUGCUGCCGCGGGAGGAUCAGCUGCUGCUGCUGGACGGCUGCUGGGUGCCCCUGUUCCUGCUGGGGCUGGUGCAGGAGAUGGUGACCUUCGAGGUGAUGGAGGCCCCGGCCCCCAGCAUGCUCAAGAAGAUCCUCCUCAGCGGCCAGAGCAAAGGGCAGGAGCCUGAGGGUACGCAGCCCACGCUGGCGGCCGUGCAGCGGCUGCAGUGGUGCCUCAGCAGCUUCUGGAGGCUGGACCUGAGCCCCAGCGAAUUCACCUACCUGAGGGGAGCCGUUCUCUUCAACCCAGACAUCCCCGGCCUGAGGGCUGCCCUCUACAUCGAGAGCCUGCAGUGGGAGGCGCAGCGGGCGCUGCGGGAGCUGCUGCGCCCCGAGGACCAGGCCCGCUUCUCGCACAUCCUGCGGGUCACCUCCUCGCUGCGGUCCAUCCCGGCCGGCCUGGUGACGGCUCUGUUCUUCCGGCCCCUCAUCGGCGGCGCGGCCAUGGGCGAGCUGCUGGCCGAGAUGCUGUUCGAGGCGCCGGGCUGGCCGCCGGCGCCGUGGCUGCCGCUGCCCUGCUGAGCACCGGCGCAGGAUCCCCCCGCACCCCGCGGGACCCCCGUGACGGCGGCUCCCGCCCCGCCCGGCCGCUCUCCAGCCCAGGGAGCGGCGCUGGGCAAAGGCUUUCCUGCCCUGCUCCCAGCUUUUACGGGUUUUGCCGUGAGCUCCCAGCAGCGAGGGCUGUCCUCAGCUGGAUCCCGUGGUGUCCGACAGCCUCAGUGGGAUCCCUGACCAACGGAAUCAGCUCUGGGUCUGGCUUCCGUGCUUGGAAACACUCAGGACGUUUCUUCAGGGAAAAAGCCGGAGUGUUAAAUACUACAGGGUGUACAGACUCAGCCCUCUUUUCCUUAGAUUCUCUCUCUCCUCCAUAAUUCCAGGAUUAAGAACACUUAGCAGCACCUAAACCUACUGUACCUCAUUUGGGGCUCUGGGCUUUCCUGUCUGUGAAAAGUUAAAGCCAAGCAGAACUGGUCUAGAGCCAAACCUCCCUCCCUGGAGUCAGAGCCAGGUGCACACCUGGAAAACUCGCUCCUCCCGCCUCCAACAGGUGAGGUGUCAGUAUUUUAUAAGUGCACAUUUGUGUGGUUUGUAUAUAGGAUGCAAUAAAUUAUUUUUUUAAUAAAAUAUUUGGUGUUUUGGAA